AUGUGGACAAUCCAGAGGAUACCAAUCGGACGACGUCUCUCAUUGGGACGACGAAGGUGCAGCAGUAGUAGUGACCAGCCUCAUCAGACAAACCUUUCGGCCGCUUCCUCCCUUCGAACCCUCCUGGACCGUCGGAUCGUGGGACACGAGAAUACCAAAGAAUGCAUCUUGUUGGGUCUCGCCGCCAGUGAACAUGUCUUUGUCCAAGGAGAACCGGGUACUGCCAAGACGUAUGCCGCCGAAUUGGCAGCGCAACUGGCCAAUUUGAGCACAUAUUCCGUGCAAUUCCACCGAGAUACUCGAUUGCAAGAUUUGAUUGGUGACUCCAUCAUUGUGCGUCAGACAUGUCCUUCCACCAGCCAUGAGAUUGUACGACAGUCCGUCGAUCGAGGAGGGUUGCUCACAUGUGAAGUGGCCGUUUUGGAUGAUUUGACUCGGGCUCCUGGGGAAGCCUUGAAUGUUCUGCUCAGAAUAUUAAAUGAGAGGACCUUUGAGGAUCAAGAGCUGCCUCUGAGGUGUGCCAUUGCCACUGCCAAUGCUCCUAGGGAUGACAUGUAUGUGGAGCCUCUCGAUCCGGCCAACUUGGAUCGGUUUGCUCUUCAAGUACAAUCGGAUAGCUUGAUUCUGGGAAAUGAUUGGACUUCGGUUCAUCAGGUGGUAGAUAUGUACCAAGAAAACACUACUACUACUUCCACACAAGAUGACAAUCAACUGGCACAAGCCGCCAAGGCAGUUGGAUCCAUUGAUGUCAACUCGGUAGUCUUGGGAGACGACAUGAAGGAAUGCUUUAUUUUGUUUCUUCAGUGGCUAUCCAACCAUGAGGCUGUGACACCUCGGAAUUCGCUCUUGACUGAUCGAACCUUUCUCGUUAAAGCACCCAGAAUACUCAGGGCCCAAGCUGCACUGCAAGGGCGUCAGCAUGUGGAAGUCCAAGAUAUGUUGGCUUUACGGCAUAUGACAACCUUUCGGGUACCUGCUGCCGUUCACCAACAAGUCUGUGAAUUACUGACAUUGCUAGCACAGACCUCUCCAAAUGAUGACAAUGAAGAUGACAAUGAUGACGACAAUGAUGGGACCAAGCAAGGCGGCAACCAUAAAAUGGCCGGAUAUUUGAAGCACGUCAUUCAGCAAUUCCAAGAGGGAGGACCUAGAAUACAGGGUCCACGAGGAGCAGGGAACUCUUCAGGUGACUCCAAAAUGAAUAUUCAGAGUGAUGAAGAAAGCGAUGAAAAAACGACAACAGAGUCAGCAGAUGCCUCUACAUCCAAAGCCAAAGAUAAGAAGAAGGUGACCCACGACAAUGAUGCCAUUGACCAUGAUCUACUCGCAGACAUUGGCGGAACGUCUGUCCUCCAUGCCACAGUUCUUUCGUUCGUGGCCACUUCCAAGACACUAAAAGAACGCACUAUAAGGCCAUUGCGUCGGCUCUGGGGUGCAGCGCAAGGUCCCCAAAUCAAACUCAACCUACAUUCCACGGCUGUGUCGGGAGCCGAAACUGUCAUGGCGGUGCUCCAUGGUCGCACUCGACGCUCUCGGGCUCCAUCCACUCUCCAACAACAAUCGCUUUCCACCGUGGGACAACCAAGGGAGCGUGGCCGGCUGCCGUCCAUGGGAGAUCCCAAUCUGUUUCAAGACGGUGACCCAGCGGAUAUUUCUUCCUGGAUAAUCUCACCGACAUCGUCCCUGCCAAGGGGAUUGCUUCGACAUCCCAAGAGACGGGGAGGGUCUAUUGCCUUGGCUCGAGAUAUCAGUGAUAGUAUGUGGGGACCCAAAGCUGCCUUGGCAUCUGCCACUACACAAGCUGCCAUCAAUCUGGCUAGACAACGCGGGAUGCGGUUUGGAUACUGUGAGUUUGCUGGGACGCCGAAGCUAUAUUAUCAACGGCCACCCGAUCAUGUGCGGGAACAGCCAUGUCAUGCCGACGACGAUGCACACGCCUCUCGCUAUUUUCAAGAAGCUUUGCUCGACUGGGGCGUGGCAAUGACAAAUCAACUGGGAGGUCUGUUCGGAUUGGAACCAAGCAACAACAGCAACUCCCAAGUGUCCUCUUCUGGACACUUUUUUGGAGUGGACUAUGCACUGUGCGAACGCCGCGCUCGGCAGCUGGAAACCGAUGGGUAUACCAAUCUUCAAGACAUGCUGCGACAGUUGCUAGAACGGUUCAAUGUUUCUGGUUUGCCACCCCAUGAGAGACACUUGCUAAUUAUAACGGAUGGAUCGCCCACCACUGGUUCCGCAACUUGCAUUGACGAGGCCAUGCUAGCCAAGAACCUGGGAGUUGCCAUUCAUCCUGUCUUUGUAGUAGACGAUUCCGAAGAUUGGCAUGGUGGUGGUAGCAGCUACCCUGACGUCCUUACCAAUCUGGCAGAGAUGACCAAUGGUGUACGAUUCUUGGCCAAACAUGAAGUGACAUUGGAUGAGCAGGCGGAAGUGGAUAACAACGAGUACGCACACUUGGUUCAAGUGAAGGUUGAGCUUGCAUAG